AUGUCGUACGCCGAGGACAGCAUUCCUCACACCGAGGGCAGCGUAUAUUGUACUGCUGAGGGUAGUAUGUCCGAGUCAGUCAUUCAAACCGAGGAUCGGCAGAGCGACAAUGGCCUUCGGCGGCCUUCUGAACCACUAGGAUCCCAAGUACAGCCAUCGUUCGCGGAGGCUCGACAGAGACGGAAGAUUGCCGAACUGGAGAGUAAACUCGUGGUCUUGGAGUCGGGGCGUGUGGUAAAAGAGAGGCAGUCAAAUUACUAUUUGGCCCAAGGACGAGGCCUCAGGCGUAUUGUGGCUUUAUUCGACAGUAUCGAGGAUCUUGUCAAUGAAAACGAUAGGAGAUAUGAUGACGACAGCGACGAGGAUGCUACUAUCGAUCAAGAUCGUUUGCAGACAGGGUACUAUAUCCUAACGAGGACCUUGCCGUGGUUUCUGAAGAACUCUUCGGACAUAGACCAUGAUGAUUACAUGCGCAUGUUAAAGGCGCUCAGGCAGGGGGCUGACGGUGCCCGAGGCGAUGAUACAGCGAAGCUCAAGACUCUUAUUUCAGACUGGGUCAAUCGCGAGCUCAAGCCGAACCCCCCCGUUGAUUCUGACGAUAAAAAUUACCGCAGAUUCACCAGUGACGCGUGCGGGAGGUUACUCUGUCCGGCUGAACUUGACUGGAACAGCCCAGUAGUUAAGGCAGGGAUUCGAGAUCGAUCAGAGGGCUACAUUGUGACCGACCUCUCUUUUCCGGCCUUUGUGUAUGACAAGUACACCGCCAACGCGGACAAUUUAGAAGAAGGUCUUUUUAAGGGCAAAAUUUUACUGCAGGGCUACAAAGCUAUAUUCACAUCUCCGUCUUCAGCAAAAGACGUCGAGGGCGACGGUGACGGCGCAGAUGUCAUCGCCAACAACCGACGCGCCAAAAAGUCAUCCUGCGCAAUAAAAGUCAAGAAACACGUCGCGCAAAUCAUCAAGAUGGAUAAAGUCACACCCCGCUCGAUUGCAUAUGUCGCCUGUCAAGUACGAUUUGCACUUUCUUCAGUUACCUCUUGGCGGUCCGUUGACGGUGACUUCGACUAUAUUCAAUUCUGGCGGUCCAUCGUGGACUUCUUCGAGAAGCCCCCUGGUCGAGAAGCGCAAUGCAGAGUCAAUAAACUCCUUGAGUGGUGGACAAGAAAGGUUUUUGGAAGGAGCCGCCGUGAGGAUCUUAGUAACAUGGUGAAGGCCAACAUGUCCGUCAAUGCCCUCGCAAGGCAGAGGGCACAACUCGAUGACGCUGCUUUCGAUUCAAACUAG